AUGAAUGAUCGGGACAUGUUUUUACUUGAGUUCCUUCGGCACGAGGGCAGAGGAGAUUAUGCCAGUGACCCUGUCUGCUGGCGCUGCCAUCUUCAUGUCCCUCAAUUUCGGUGUAUCGAUUGCUUCGGUACAGAGUUGUACUGUAAGGACUGUAUUGUCACCUUACACACUCAGAAUCCAGUACAUCGCAUUCAGGAGUGGACGAACUCUUAUUUUACGGUGGUGUCCCUGAGGGACAUGGGCCUGCGUGUGCAGCUUGGACAUUUUGCAGGAGACUCAUGUCUGUUACCUGAGCGAGGAUUCAACGACGAAUUCACUCUUAUCGAUACUAACGGUAUUCACACUAUCGCAUUGGAUUUUUGCGGUUGCGAGACAGCUCAAACGCACACAAAACAACUAUUACGUGCUGCCUGGUUUCCGGCUACAACCGUCAAUCCACGCACAGCAGCAACCUUCCGCAUCCUGGAGCAAUAUCACCUUCUAUCAUUCGAAUCAAAGGCUUCGGGGUAUGAAUUUUAUCGCUCGAUUGCACGUCUGACCGAUAACACAGGACUUCAUCCUCAAAAGAAUCGUUAUGAGGCAUUCUUGCGGAUUGUUCGUGAAUGGCGCCACCUGAAGAUGCUCAAGCGAGCAGGCCGUGGACACGAUCCGGCUGGUGUCGAAAAUACGCAAAGCGGCGAAUGUGCUGUCCUAUGCCCCGCGUGCCCUCAACCUCUCAAAAAUCUUCCAGACAACUGGAAAGAGGUUCCAAAUGACAAAAGGUGCAUAUGGAUAUAUGCUCUGUUCGUAGCCAUCGACGCGAAUUUCCGUCUCAAAAGACGUCUCGUCUCUAAAGAUUGCACAGACCCUGGGCUUAGUUGCGGGUGGGCCUACUUUGUGGAUGAGACGACGUACAAAGCAUAUUUACUCAAUCACGGUGGUAAACCGCAAGAGAAAAGCACCUGCGCAUCACACAACACAGUCAACUUAGCGGAUACGAAAGCUUCGCAGGGUCUGGCUGCGACUGGAGUGGGAAUGAUCGACUGUGCGCGGCAUAAUAUGAAAUUACCCAAUGGUGUCGGGGACUUGCAGAAGGGCGAGCGAUACAGCAACAUGGAUUAUUUAUUUUUUUCGACCCUCCACGGACGCAGCGUUGAAAUGCUGAAUGUUUCGUAUGAUAUUGCGUGCCAGUGGCACAAGAACAUUUGGGAACGCAUGGCCACAAUCCCUCUGGACCUCCAUCUAGACCCUCUCACUAAAUUUAUAAGGUUUUUUGUACCAAAAUUCCAUCUUCCUGCGCACGUUUUCAAAUGCCAAACAUCGUAUUCUUUCAAUUUCUCGAAGAACGUCGGACGAACGGAUGGUGAAGCCCCCGAACGGGGUUGGUCAAAUAUCAACCCAGUUGCCUCUAGCACUAAGGAAAUGGGCCCCGGCUCUCGACGGGAUACUCUAGACGAUCACUUCGGUGAUUGGAACUGGAAAAAAACAGUUGGACUUGGUGCAAUGUUACUCCGAAAGAUGAACGAAGCAAAGGAGGAGAAAGAAGCUCACGAAAUUGCUUUUGAGGAGCUAGACGGCGCUUUGCCACCUAAGGCAUCGGAUCCCUGGAAAUUGGAAAUCGAGUAUUGGGAAUGCAACCCCAAUGACUCUUUGGUUAGUAACCCGUUCGAGCCGAAGGUCACUUCGAUUACUCAAGCCACCGUUCGACUGAAGCUUGCGGAAAUGGAGGCUCGUGAUCUACAGCAAGGCGUCGAUAUAUCUUGCCACCCCGACAUUUCACCCAGCGUCUUUAUUGCAUCUGGAAUCGAUCUCGAAAGUGAACAGCGUCGUUUGAAGGCGGAUAUCACCAACCUUGGUAUACACGCCACGGACACACAGAAAUCCACCAUACAGCAUCAGCGGAACUCUCUGCAGCGAAAAAUUGAUGCGUGGAAGCGUGUCCAGGCACUCUACACUCCCGCAGUCCAACUGCUACACUCGGAUUCAUUCCAACCUUCCCUCGACCCCAUCACACCAGAAGACGCAAAACUUUAUCUGCCAUCAACUAUGAGUGCUAAAUCUAUCCGUUGUGAUCCUCGCCUUCAGGCCACUGAAUGGGAGCUCCGUUUUGCUCAGGCCGGGGAUGCGCUGGAGGAACUACGACAGAGCCUCCGCCUACGCGAUCAUAUGUACACAUUCAAGAGAGAUUGGGUCCGUGGCCAGAGUGCAAAUACACGGGCACAAAACGCUCUAACUCGGGUAGUUGCGAAGGCAUCAGCAGCAGCUGACAAGUAUCGCGCUGCUCAUGGAGCACUUUCUGCCCUCGCUCCCUCGCUCCGAGUGGUCGGUUGGAACCGCAAAUACAAGGAACUCGACAAGAAAGAUGACGUCCGUGGCAUGUCAGCACCUCAGAAAGGUGUGAGCGAAGGGAGAAGGCAAUUGUCGUGGAUAUGGAUGGUGGAAGGAGUCGGAGACGAUCAGGAUGAGGCGAUACAAGAUAGUCUGAGAGUCGAGUGGUGUAAGGCUCGGGCCCGGUCAAUGCGAUGGGCAGAAGAAGUUGAACUUCUUCACGAGGAGAUGCGUAGGGUUCUCCAAUUCCUUAGGUGGUAUGCAGGGUGGUGGUAUGAGAAAGGUCAAGAUUGCACACAUGGUGGUACUGCCGACUCGGACAACGAGGGACUGGUUGCCUAUGCGCUUCGCCAGGCCCAACUUAGGCAUGAUCUCGCGGACCAUUUCGAGAAGAUGUGG